GCGGGGCGGGCGGGAGGAGGAGGCGCGCCGCGGCGCCUCUUCGGAGCGUUGGUUCCGCGCGGGCCGGGCCGGGCGAUGCCUCCGCCCUGGCUGUCCCGAGCGGGGGCGGGAAGCUGCAGUACAGCGACGCGCCCUUUCCCGCUGCGGGUAACGCGCUGGAGCCACCCGCCGUCGGCCUCGCUGCCGGGAUAACGGCCCCUGCCUCCAGGAAACCGUCGCCGUGCUCAGCCCCGCGGCCCGGUUAACCGGAUCUGUUGGGGGUGGAGCUCCUCAGUGUGACACCGGCCACAAGGGUGCUGCGCCGCCACCUCGCUCCCUGGGACGGGCCCCCCCCCCCUCGGGGGUUAGUUUCGUAGCUGGUGGCUAAGGCGUGUUUUCAGCGCUCUGUGGGUGUCGGUGAAACAGACAUUAAACCCCUUGAGAGACUGACCGUCUAACCCUAAGAUGUAUCACAUCGGGAUAUCUCCGUCAUGCUUAAACUAGGCUAGUUUGAGACAUAGCAGCUCCUGACUUGCGGUUUGGAAGCUGUUUAUGCAUAUAAUUUGUCAUUCCUUUCCCUCACUGUGGAGCAUGUAAAUCCUGCAAGACUUGUUUUCUCAAUGGAACUUCAGGGCCUAUGGUUUCACCCCUUGUAAACAAUGCUUCAAGCAGUAUUAAUUCCCACAGAAAUCCAGGAGAUGUCACUAGCUGACCCAGUCACCACCUGUCUUUCCCCUGCAGUGCAUUAUAUGGUUUGCAAACUUGGAUUUGAGAUAGAAGACAGCCAUUCAGUUAAUAGUAUUGUGUCUGAAAAUGGUGACGUAUGUUGGAGAACAAUCACAGAGCUUGUGCAUUACCGUGAAUCAGAUCAAAAUGUGGAUUAUAUAAAAAGUGUGCAGCUGUUAGGACCUUUAUGUGAAUCUGUUCAUUUGCAUCUACAAUCCCUGACCAUGGAACAGUUUGAAGUUCAGUACUCAUUGUGGUUCCAGUGGACAAAGUGUACGGAGCUACUCCUUGAAGUGUUUGCUGCACUGGAUAGCAUGGAAGCUACAGCAAUUGUACUUAGCUUAAUGAAACUAACAUCGUGUCUGGAGCGAGCCUUAGGUGAUGUUUUCUUACUAGUUGGUAAGGACUGUCCAUUCCUUUUAAGAGAUUUGCUUGCAUCUCAGGAGCUUGCUGCAGUCUUUGGACAAUCUGUGAUGAAUGUGCUAAGAGUAUUCAUUGGGUCUCCAUAUGGUCUAAAUCUCCGUAACAUUUUAUGGCAUGGAUUUGCUUCCCCUCAAGAAAUUCCUGCAAAAUAUUGCUCUGUGCUGCUUAUUUUAACUGCAGGAUUGGGCCAGUUGCUAAAGAUAUACCUAUUGCAAACUGAAACCAUUUUAGUACAUCGACCUUAUAUAGCCUUCACUAACUUAAAGGAGUUGGACAUUUUUCCAGAUAUUAAUCAUGAAGCACUUUCCUUAACUGAGGAACUAGCAAAGAUAUCCAAUUUUGUAUUAAAACCAAUGUUACCAUUUUGGGUUGCUGCACUAACAGCUUUCAGGCAACACAGGUAUGCUGACUGUGUUAUACUAUUACUCCCUCAGCUGGAAACUGGACUUAGGUUACUCUUUACCACACUUAAUAAGUGUCCAAAUAGACUGCUAACUGCUGAGUCAUCUUCGUUUUAUACUACUUUUGAUGAGAUGCUAACAAAACAGCUGAAUGACAAAGAGAUCAAUCAGCUUCCUCUAAUACUUGGAGAGCCUUCAAUGGAAUUCCUUUGGGAUUUCUUGAACCAUCAAGAGGGUCCACGUGUAAGAGAUCAUUUAAGCCAUGGAGAGAUCAACUUAAAUGAGUUUCCAAGAGAAAUAGCCAAUCAGAUACUUGCAUUUUCAGUUACACUUUUAUGCAGAUUUUCAGAAGUGGAGGAGCUCACAGCUCUUAAGGAACACACAGCCAUUAAACCACUGAUCAGCUGUGCAAGUUGCUACCGUUCUCGGUUUCAUCCAAUUGCCCGACUUAAGAAACAGGUGCUGGAGUGUAUGAAGAGCAUUAGUUCAUGGCCUGAGCUUCCUAUAGUGCCUGAAGAGCAAAUUCAAGAAAUUCCAGGGUUGGAAAGAAGUGCAGAAAGUAGUCCUUGUAUUUCUUUGACUACAGAAAUCCUCUCUCAGUUGCAACACCAUUUGCCCCAGAAUUGCUACAUUUUAGAUGAUCUAAUGAAUAAUCUUCUAAGUGAGAAGCUGCUGGUUCAACUCUGUAGUACUCACAUUUGUACCCUGUACUGCCCACGUUCUGUACUGGAAAUAUUGGUUGUGUUCCGUAAGAUAAGCACACAGUGCCAUCAAGUGUCAGAUCAAGUUAUUGCUAGCACUGAAAUGAGAUACAAAAAGUGGAUAAACAAGAUACUGCGUUCGCGACAGAGGCAUAACUAUCUACGAAUGUUAAACAGCAUUAAAUUUCUGUCUCCUGUGUUACGGCUGAUUUUAAUGUUGAUUAUUCUGGAACUAAUCAACAUCCAUACUGUUUGUGAGAAGAAUCCUUGUGAUUAUCAGCAGUAUAUAAAGUUUCUAAAGUCAAUCUUGCAGUAUACUGAGAACUUGGUGACAUACACAAGCCCGGAGAAAAACAAAUGGGAUGAAUCCAUGGAGCUUACGCACAAAGCUUUGAUAAAAAUUAGGACUUUCAGCGAGAGAAAGCUAACAUUAAUGCAGCUAGCGACACAAGUGAAGCUGUCUUGAAAACAAUUGGUUUCUGUUACAUCUCAAAAUUAUUUUUUUUUUUAAAUGCCUCAAAACUUAAUGUGGCCAAAAUUCUUAGAAUAUUUCUACUCCUUUCUUUGAGUGCAGCUUCCAUCAAAAUGCCUUUGGAAGCAGAAUUUGGCACGUAGUGACAGUGUUGCUGAUUGGAGUUGGAUAAUUGCACUUCCUGAAAAUGGAACAUUUUGUCAAGUGCACAAUGGACCUCAAAAUGAUUUCAAAUGUAUCUAUUAUUUAAGUAUACUAUGUGUACUUUAAACUUAUUUUUUAAAAAAAAUUUUAUAGUGUACCUGAAAAUGACCAGGAAAACAACUGAAAUAAAUGUAUUGGGAAAAAUAUUGAACUGAAAAAAAGCUAUCAGUGUGGUGAAGCUAAUAUUUGGUCCUUUCCAUGGCCACAUGCGACCCAUUAUCUCUCAUAUGCGCUUAUACAAAUCCCCCGCUCCCCCAACAACAACAACAACAAAAACCAACAAAACCACAUUACAACAUUUUGAGUUAACAGCAUUUCCUGAAAUCCUUGUUUGCUGAUAUUAGCACAGAAAUGGGCAAACCUUGGUGUGUGAUUUUUUUUUUAAGAAAGUUUUUAUCUAGAAUUUGCAACUGUUUACAUGCAAAAAUACUAACAUUUUUGUGUUCUCAGCAAUAAAUAUUGAGUAUUUUUUACA